CGGGGCGGCCCUCGUGGCCGGGAUGCCACUGUGUACCCUGCCAGUCGGCGGUGGAUCCUGAGGGGCAGGAGUUGCCCACCCAGUGCAGGGGGCAGAAGAACAAACACCCCGAACACGAAAUGAAUCUCUGCUGGAACGAGAUCAAACGCAAAUCCCACAACAUCAGGGUACGACUUGAGGCCUUUUCGGACAACAGCGGGAAGCUCCAGCUGUCCCUACAGGAGAUCAUCGAAUGGCUGACAGCUAAAGACGAGGAGCUGUCCGAGCAGCUGCCCAUCGGAGGAGACGUCGGGGCAGUGCAGCACCAGCGGGAGUUUCACCAGGCUUUCAUGGAAGAUGUCAAAUCCAGAGGGCCUUACAUCUACUCAGUGUUGGAGUCAGCUCAGACCUUCCUGGCACAACAUCCUUUCCAAGAGCCAGAGGAAACAUUACCUGAUGGCAAAGAGGUCUCUCCUCGCCGACGGAUGCUGAAUGUCAGCCGUUCCGUAUGGAAGCAGGCCAACGUGGCCAGUGACCUGUGGGAGAAGCUGACGGCGCGCUGCGUGGACCGACACCGGCACAUGGAGCGAACCCUGGAGAGGCUGCUGCAGAUCCAGGCUGCCAUGGAAGAGCUGGCAGCGGCUCUGGAGCAGGCGGAGGGAGUGAGGGACGCCUGGGAGCCUGUGGGAGAUCUGUUCAUCGACUCGCUGCAGGACCACAUAGAUGCUACAAAGCUGUUUAAAGAAGAGCUGAGCCAGGUUAAAGAAGGAAUGAAGCACAUCAAUGACCUGGCCCAUCAGCUGGCCAUAUCUGAUGUGCACUUGUCCAUGGAUAACGCCAGAGCCCUGGAGCACCUCAACAACCGGUGGAAACUUCUGCAGGGGUCAAUUGAAGAACGCCUGAAACAACUGCAAGAUGCCCACAGAGAUUUUGGGCCAGGAUCGCAGCACUUUCUCUCCAGCUCUGUGCAGAUACCUUGGGAACGUGCCAUAUCGCCCAACAAAGUGCCAUACUACAUCAACCACCAGGCCCAGACAACCUGCUGGGACCAUCCAAAGAUGACUGAAUUAUACCAGGCUCUGGCGGACCUGAACAACAUCAAGUUCUCUGCAUACCGGACGGCCAUGAAGCUGAGACACGUGCAGAAGGCUUUAAGAUUGGAUCUGUUUAAGCUGAGCAGCGUGGUGGACGUGUUUAGAGAACAGGAGCUGCAGCACGGCGAACACGUGAUGGACGUUGUGGAGGUCAUUCACGCUCUCACUUCACUCUAUGAGAGACUGGAGGAGGAGAGGUCCGUCCUGAUCAACAUCCCGCUGUGUGUCGAUAUGUGUCUCAACUGGCUGCUGAAUGUUUACGACAGUGGUCGUAAUGGUAAGAUGCGAGUGCUCUCCUUCAAGAUGGGCUUGGUUAUUCUAUGCAAUGCAGACAUCCAGGAGAAGUAUAAAUACCUUUUCCGACAGGUGUGUGGUCCAGGCGGCCUGACAGAUCAGAAACAUCUCAGUCUGUUACUGCAUGAGGCCAUUCAGGUUCCACGGCAGCUCGGGGAGGUGGCGGCAUUUGGAGGGAGCAAUGUGGAACCCAGUGUCCGCAGCUGCUUUCGCAUGGUUUCCGGAAAGUCAGCAAUCGAGUUGUCUCACUUCUUGGAGUGGAUGAGUCUGGAGCCUCAGUCGGUGGUGUGGCUUCCAGUUCUGCAUCGCGUUACUGUGGCUGAAACCGCUAAACACCAGGCACGCUGCUACAUCUGUAAACAGUGCCCUAUCAAGGGCUUCAGAUACCGAAGUCUAAAACAAUUCAAUGUGGACAUCUGCCAGAUGUGUUUUCUGACGGGCCGGACUACCAAGGGCAAGAAACUACACUAUCCCAUCAUGGAAUACUACACCCCGACGACCUCAGGUGAGAAGAUGCGGGACUUUGCGAAGACGUUGAAGAACAAGUUCCGCUCGAAGCAGUAUUUUAGUAAACACCCACAGAGGGGAUACCUGCCUGUUCAAUCAGUACUGGAGGUGGAGAGCUCCGAGACGCCCUGCUCAUCUCCCAGGCUGCCUCAUGCGGACACGCACAGCCGGAUUGAGCAUUUUGCCAGCAGGUUGGCAGAAAUGGAGAACCAGAACUGUUCCUUUUUCACUGACAGCCUCUCGCCGGAUGAAAGUUUGGAUGAAGAUCAGUACCUCCUGCGUCACUCCAGCCCCGGUCUCGAGCAGGACUCCCCUCACGGUCUCCUGCUGGCCCAGCUGGACUGCCAGGACCGAGAGGAGCUGCAGCACACCCUGCACCGCCUGGAGAACGAGAACAGGGUGCUGCAAGGCGAGUAUCGGCGGCUGAAGUGGAAGCACGAGGAAGCGGCAGCAUCACCUCAGCUUCUGGAGUCAGGUCCAGGUUCACCACCCGGUCAGCAGGACGAGGAACUACUAGCCGAGGCCCGAGUCCUCCGACAGCACAAAACCCGCCUGGAAACCCGCAUGCAGAUUCUAGAGGACCACAACAAGCAACUGGAGUCCCAGCUCCGCAGACUGCGAGAACU